AUGAUAUUCAUAUACUGGCAUUACCGCUCUCAUACAACACACGCAUUACAACCGUUAGAUGUUUAUACGUUAAAAAUUGUCAAAACAGAGUGGCGUCGUAUAUUAAAUGAUGAUUAUCAAAAAACGCAUGCAAGUGCAGUUGAUAAAAGUGUAUUUCCAAUGUUAUUCAAGCAAUUGUACGGAAAAGCAUUACGUCCGGCUCAUUGUGCUGGAGGAUUUGCGAUGAUCCAUUACAUACUAUAUAUUGGAAUUGUGCUAGAUGCUCAAACGUUAUAUGUUUUUAUUGUAUACAGUCGUUAA